CACACGCCUCUUCUCGCCUGCGCGUUAGGUUUGACGUCAGUCCAGGUCUAGCUGCUGUCGAGCUCAUUUUCCUUUCAUUACACCGUGGGAUCAAUCCAGAUGGAGAAAGCAGACGCCACAUCCGAGCUCCAGUCCAGACUGUCGUCACUGUCUGUUUCGUCUUUCUCCGGCAUCGCGUCCAAAACCUGUGACUCCAACCCUCUGGACAGACUUCAAAGCACAGAUCUUUCUCAACCCGUAACACACCCUGACAACCAGAGCCAAAUGGAUGACAACAGCAACACCAGAGAAUUACAGCAACCCACCAAGGAUGAGCCAGCUGCAGAAGGAGACUCUGUGGAAAGCAGCACAGCUGAAAAAUCCGCUGGAGAGAGAAAAGCCUUACCGCCUAUGCAGCCAGCCAACACAUGGACCGCUGCGUCUCUAAAAGAGCUUAAGGCUAAGCUGCGACAAGAGAAGGACUGCAUGGUCACUAUUUAUCGUGGAGACAUCAUGACGGUCAAUGUACCCACCAUCCCUGAGGCCAAGCGCGUGUGCUGGGAGUUUGCUACAGAUGGCUACGACAUCGGGUUUGGGGUAUACUUUGACUGGUCACCUGUUACCAACAAAGCCAUAACGGUGCACAUCAGCGAAUCCAGCGAUGAUGAGGAUGAAGAUGAUGAGCUUGAAGCUGCACCUGUUGUUCCUGGAGAUGUGGAGAAAGGGUCCAAAACGGCAGCCAAAUCUAAUUUGGGAGAAAUCCUUCCUGUGUACCGUCAGGACAGUCACCUGGCUGUUCAAGGGGGUAGUCACAGUUUCCCAGGAGAGGGCACAUACCUCCUAAAGUUCGACAAUUCCUACUCCUUAUGGCGGAAUAAGACUCUGUACUACAGAGUGUACUAUAGUGAAUGAGGAACCAAGCACACAUCUGCAGAUAAAUGUUUUGAUAUUAUAUAUUUUUGAUCAAUACAUAGAUAUAUAUUUACAACACUGUACACAUAUCAUUCCGCUAUUAAUUCAAACACUGAUUCUUAUUUUGAUGCAGACUUUAUUGUAUAGAUGCUAAGCGAAACGCAGCCAAUCAGAUUUCUCCUAGUCUAUAUACAAGUUUUUUAAUCUGAGUAUGAUAUAGCUUGGUUUAAUGUGAAAAUAUGUUGUGUAUGUGUGUGUGUUUUUCAAUUGUGUAAACAGUUUGUGAAGUGCCCAUAUACAUGUUUGGUAUUUAUGUUGUCUUGUCGCACCUCAACACACAACUGUGUCCCUGGUAAUCAGGUAAAAGAUUGCUUAAGGAAAAGAUCCUUAAGAAAAUGAAUGGAUUGCUCAGCACAAUAUGGUAAAUAAAUAAGGAAAUGAUGAAAGAGUGGUUGUGUGAUGUGGGUCUGGCCACUACUGACUCAGGUGAUGAAUACUAAUUGAAAUUUAUAUUCAAUUACAGACAAAACACAGCCAGCGCUGAUCCUGCAUUGAUUUAUCUGAGGUGUAUCAACAUGUUUAUUGUUGUAGCUUUGAGGUUCAUUUUUUUUUGUACACUAUCCAGCAUAACCUAUCUAUUGGCAAUGAUGCAGGCCCUCAGAUACACAUUCACACAUUCUCUUGUUUGUUCUUUCGUUCUCUUUCUCCCCCCCCCCCCCCCCCUUUUUUUUUUUUACUGCAUAUGCAGCAUCCAUUAACUCCGUCACUAGGGAUACUGGCCACAGGCUGCCUUUUUAUGACUUGAGUGCAAACUGUUUCCUGUCACGAGAAGCCAAGUUGCAAAAUAACUAAUUCAAUAUUUACAUGGCCCACCAGGUACCAUUUGGUGGGGGGGGGUCAGGGUAUCUUCCUUUCUGAGUUGUUCUUUCAUAAUAAAGGUUGACAUGCUAUUAAUCUAGUUUAGAAACAUCAUAUGUGCUGCUUUAAAUGAACAAUGUUUUACACAAAGCUCUAUUGACAAUCUUAGUAGUGUGCAGUGUGUGUUUUGUGUGUGUGUGUUUUUUAAACUACAUGUCCAUGAGUACCAAAACACAAGUGUUGACUUGACGGAGAUAAUUUCAAUAAUGUGAGCAAAUCAGCAGCUUAAAAGAGAGUUCUGCUUAUACACCUGCACACAGUCUAUUUGCACACUUUUUUUUUUUAACGUUCUGGUUAUUUGCAUGUUUCCAAAGGGAUCUUUCAAUUGUGCUGCUGAAAUAUUCAAUACUGACGUUGUGCUUUUUUUGUGUGUGCCAUGUUAUUGUUUGUGAUGUAUUAGUCUAUCAUUCGUCUUCUGCUUUCACUCCACUGCUUCUGCUUUUUAUUCAAUAAAUAUUUGUACACUGUAA